AUGUCUCUGACACAAUUAAAUAUUCCGGAAUCGGAUUCCAAAAAAACCUACAACUGCUGUGAAACAAAACCUUCUGCAAGCGUCGGUGUUUGUAAGAACUGUGGCAAAAUUUACCAUGUGAGUUGUGCAACAAGAAAAGGUCUCAAAUUCAUUGUUGGAAAUUUGAUACAGUGCUGUGAGGUGAGCAGUGAAGUGUCGAGUGACAAACAUAUGGAUACUAUUAAAAACUUAAAACAAACAAUUACUGACAAAAAUACCAUAAUAAACGAUAAAAUGACAAUAAUAAAGGAUAAGGAAUACAUAAUUCAGAAUCUUGAAGAAAAAAUUAAGAUGCUCCAAUUAUUAAAGCCAAAUGAAAAGACAAAAGAAGUUUCGUCAGCUGUACCCAAUAUUGAUAGUGAUACUGAGAAAGCAGCAUUCAAGAAGCUUAAACAUAAAUCUACCAAUAAAAACAGUGCCAAUGCUAAUAAGGUGUCAAAAGAACAGGUGAGUGUUGCAGUAGCAACUGCUUUAAAGGAAUUAGACAAGCAUAGAAGCGAAACAUUCCGAGAUGCGGUUGCCAACACGGAGCUGCCUACUAAAUCGACCCAAGCUGAACAACAACCAAUUAAAGCAAAUGACGAUGGAAACUGGACUUUGGUCCAGAAAAAGAAGUCGCCGAAACGAAAAAACAAAGCCAUAGAAGGAACAAAUGUGAGCAUUACACUUGCAGGAGUUAUGGCUGAUUCUGCUGUUAGUGUACAGGUGGCUUUAAGAAUAAGGCCUUUAGUCAAAUCCGAAAUUUCUAAAGGAUAUGUUAAAUGCCUCGAAACAGUGCCAAAUAAACCUCAAGUUUUAAUAAAAAAUCUUUCUUUUACUUACAACCAUGUAUUUCCACCAGAAGUUUCGCAAGGUGAAUUUUAUGACACUGCUGUUAAGGGUUUAGUUGAUGGAUUGUUUAAGGGCUACAAUGUGACAAUAUUAGCUUAUGGUCAGACUGGCUCCGGAAAAACUCAUUCCAUGGGCAUGGCUUAUUCAGUUGGACCAGUCGAGGAGAUGGGUGUUAUACCAAGAGCAGUAUCAUUUAUGGAAUUAUAUCAAGAACAAUUAUUUGAUCUUUUAUCAAAAUCAAAUAGAGAUCAAAGUAUAGUUGAUAUCAGAGAAGAUCAACAAAAAAGAAUUGUAAUUCCUGGAUUAACCGAAAUUGAAGUACGUAAUGCAAAAGAUACAUUAGAUUGUUUAGUUAGAGGAUAUCGUCGCAGAGCUGUAGGUGCAACUGCAAUGAACAGUCAAUCCAGUAGAAGUCAUGCAAUAUUCACUAUCCAUAUACAACAGCGAAAAAUCAGCGAUAA